GAGACUGGAUUUUGAAUGACAAUGAGGAAGAGGGAAGCAUCCUGGGAGACCUGAAGCAAGACGUACUGCCUCAGCUACCUGAAGCCUACAGUCCCGACUGUGGGGCAGCCAGUAAUAAACCCCCUCACCAAAAAAGAGGCUCCAGGAAACUCGCCCUUAUGGCUGAUGGUCAGAAAGAGCACACAGAAGAGAAACCCUACACAUGCACAGAAUGUGGGAAGGCCUUUAAGGGGACCUCCAGGAUCCUGAACCACCUGCAAACCCACACAAGAGAGAAAAUAUUUGAGUGUGCAGAAUGUGGGAAGAGCUUUAGCAGGAAAGCCAACCUAGUGGUGCACCAGAGAAUCCAUACGGGGGAGAGGCCUUACAAGUGCAAGGAGUGUGAGAAAACCUUUAGCCGUUCCUCAAACCUUAUCGCUCACCGCAAAACCCAUGUGAAAAAGAAAGCCUUUUCCUGCACUGUGUGCAGGAAAAGCUUUAGUGGAAGCGCAGCUCUCUUCCAGCAUCAGAGAGUCCAUACAGAUGAGAAACCCUAUAAGUGUACUGAGUGUGGAAAUAGCUUCCGUCGGUGUUCAAACUUCAUCAAACAUCAACGGAUUCAUUUAAGAGAGAAACCCGGUGAACACACAGCAGAUGCAAACUAUUCUGAAUUUACAUCUCUGCAUAAUAAAGAAGAGCAAAGGUGCGGUGCAGAGAAACGUGAGGGGGAUCACUUGAAUCUUGUUCUUGAAGAAUUAUCUGUGAAGAUGCUGACCAUACACUCAGACUUGCAAAGAUACAUGCCUCAAGAUGCAUCAGCAGACAGCAGUUGA